AUGACUCCCUUAUGCCCUUGCGAGCAGCGGCCACCAUUGGGCAGGGACAGAGCCAUUGAGCACCCUUGCUCGGUGGUCCACCACCCUUCUCGCCUCCCGUUCGACGCCUCUUCUCCACACCCCUUCAUUCGAUGUGCUUCGACUCAUGAUGUACCAGAGUGGAGUCAGUAUAGAUAUCAGAGACUGAAGUAUAGGACGCGCUCAGGGGUGUGCGGCAGCCCAUGGCGGGCAAGGCGUGCUGCAGUGGGGUUAUGGCAGCAUUAUGGUCAUGAGAGAGCUAGCAUGCUCUUUGGUUGUUGUGUGAGCUGCACCUAA